AUGGGAAAGUCACCGCCGCCAAACGCGAGUGUUUCUCAGGCUCGCACCAAAAGCCCCCCCCACGGAAUACUCUUAUUCGCGUACUGCUACACGAUCCUGACUACGCCAUUCCUGCUGGCUCAUUUUAUGUUCGAUGUACUUUUGACUCUGUUCCCGUGGACACGACCCACGAAAGAGUGGUCACUCAACCAAGCGGCCCGUAUGCGGGUAGUCAGGCUCGUCCUUCUUUACUGGUCCCGCCUGCGCUGGGGAGACCGACUGACGCUCCGCCCCGGCGGUGAACGCAAUCGAUUCGAAGUGAUGCACCCACGGUCACCGAAGCUCUACAGGGGUCCCCUUUCAGAUGCCGUGAUUCAUGCAGAGGCUAUCGGCACAACCUGGACGCCAGCACGGCCGCCACCUCCGGCGCUGGUACGACCAGAGCUCACUGUGGCGCUGCACUUUCACGGCGGCGGAUUCGCCAUCGGAAACGGACGCGAUGAGGACACGGGAUAUUUAUCUCAGGUCCUAAUUCAGCACAUGGGCUGCAAGUUCGUUUGCACACCACAAUAUCGGCUCUCCAGCGGCAGCAACGGACGGUUCCCAGCCCCGGUCCAAGACGCGCUGACGGCUUAUCUCUGGCUCCUCCACGAAAAGCGCAUCCCCGCUCAUCAAAUCAUUUUUUCGGGCGACUCGGCGGGCGGCAACAUUGCUCUGGCCUUGUUGCGAUACAUUCAAGAGCACGGCGUCGAACUGGACAUACCCGCCCCAGCCGCCGUUGCCCUCUGGUCACCGUGGGUAGACGUGGCAGCCGCCAUCAACCAAGAUAUGCGCCAGUCACCCAACUACAAAACCGACUAUCUCAAUAAGGAAUUUGGAUAUUGGGGCGCCAUAUCCGUCUCCGGCGGAGCCGACCCUUCAGGGCCAUACCUAUCACCGCUUCACCACCCGUUCAAGCCACCCGCCGCCGACAUGCCCAUGUUUGUUCAUGGAGGUGACCGAGAGGUGCUCUGGGACGAUAUACAGGUUCUUGCGCAACGCUACGGGGACACUGGAUGGAAGGUGCAACUGGGAGUGUCCCGGGAUUGUCCUCAUGACAUUCUCCUGCUGGGGUCCAGGCUCGGGUUUGAGAGUGAGGCCGAGGAGGCAGCGAAGGAAGCGGGCAAGUUCUUCUCGGCAACGGCGGUUUCCGAGCUGGUCCGCGAUGAUGUCAAAUGCUCCAGUGGAGUUCUGGCGCCACGCAACGUGGAGUGUCAUUCGGAAGCGCUCCGGAAUCUGGCGAUCAACUUGCGAGGUGCAUCGGGACUUACCCGUACGGAGAGAUCUGGUACAUCAAGCAAAGGGUGCAAAGCCCAAGUUUCACUUCGAAGAUACAUUCUCGAGCCUCAUCACUCCCUUCUACGUCUUCCUGGAUCUUGUCACACUACAAUGGCGAACGGCAACGUCGGCGCACAGCCGGAUAACGACAUGUUCUUUGACACAAUCAUCAUCGGCGCUGGCAUCUCGGGAAUUAACGCUGCGUAUCGAAUCCAAACCGAAGGGCCAGCCGGCACAAGCUACGCCAUUUUAGAAGCACGGGACACCCUCGGGGGAACUUGGGAUUUGUUCCGUUACCCCGGCAUCCGCUCAGAUUCAGAUAUCUUCACUUUCGGGUUCCCCUGGAGCCCGUGGAGGCAUAAUGUCUCACUUGCGUCUGCCGAGCAAAUCAAAACCUACAUGAGGCAGUCGGCCGAGUCUCAGGGCAUCGACCAGCAUAUCCUUUACCGCCAUAGCGUGGUGUCGGCUAACUGGAACACGGCGAACAGGAAUUGGGAGCUGCAGGUUGAAGUGGCCGGACAAGACCAGCGCCUCACCAUCCGGUCACGGUUCUUGCUGCUGGGCACGGGCUACUACGACUACGAAAAACCCCUGGAAACAACGAUCCCCGGCAUUGAGAACUUUGCUGGGCGAGUCAUCCACCCACAAUUCUGGCCCGAAGACUACGACUACACCAACAAGAAAGUCGUGAUCAUUGGUAGCGGCGCCACCGCCGUAACCGUCCUCCCUGCCAUGGCUGAAAAAGCGAAACACGUCACUAUGCUACAGAGAAGUCCCGGCUACGUUUUUUCUCUUCCAUCAAACAGCAUCAUAACGGCACUGCUCUUUGCGAUCCUCCCUAUCAGCAUGGCUCACUAUCUCAACCGCAUCAUGUGGCUUGUCAGGAGCCAUCUCACCACUGUUCUCUGUCGGACAUGGCCCGGGCUAGCCAAGCGGAUCAUCAAGUACGUAACCAUCAAGCAGUUGCCGCCAGACAUCCCAUGGGACCCCAACUUCAAGCCCCGGUACAACCCCUGGGAGCAGCGUUUCUGCGCUUGUGUUGACGGUGACUUCUUUGCCACGCUCCGGUCUGGCAAAGCCAACGUGGUCACGGGCACGAUCAAGACUGUCACCGACAAGACCAUCGAAUUGGACUCGGGCGAGAGGCUUCACCCUGACCUGAUCGUCACGGCGACCGGGCUGAAGCUCCGGUUUGGCGGCGGGAUCCGGUUCGCACUAGACGGCCGGCCCUUUGAGUGGUCCGACAAGUUUGCGUGGCGAGCCGCCAUGCUCCAAGGCGUGCCCAACAUGGUUUUUCUCACCGGAUACGAGACGGCGUCCUGGACCUUGGGUGCUGAUGUGAGUGCUCGGGUGUUUGUGCGUAUCCUCCAGGAGAUGCAAAAGCGGAACGUCACAAUGGCGGUCCCUCGGCCGUCGCGGUCCAUGCCAGACAAGCCCAUGAUGAGCUUGAAUUCCACCUAUCUGAAAAGGGUGAGGGAGGUGUUGCCCAAAGCGGGAACAGGGGUUUGGGCAGCCAAGACGAAUUACUUUGCGGACAUGGCAAGGGCAAAAUGGGGCAGCAUAUCGACGGAUUUGGAAUUUUCUUAG